AUGGCGUCUGAGAAAUUAUCACCAGCAUUUGAGAGCGGUCUCAAGCAUUCGAAGGUGGACCAGGAGAAGGGCGAUGCGAAACUGCGCAGCACACUCGCCGGUCGAAAGCGGCCUUUCGUUAUUGGUCUAGCCACCGUCGCCCUCCUCUAUUUCCUCUGGACCUCAACCAUCACAGGCAUUCCGUUCGCUGUCAGGCAUGGCUUCAAGUCAUGUCACUCAAAUGGGCAUGCGGAAUCGAAGACACCAGUUCCAUUGGAAGCGCACAUUAUGAGCAAAUGUCCCGAUGCUCAAGAUUGUCUUAGCAUGAUGGUUCUACCAACCAUGGAACGCAUGCACUCCAAAGUCAAUUUCACACUGUCCUACAUUGGCACUCCUACGGAAAACGAUGGGGUUGCGUGCAAGCAUGGCCCCGAGGAAUGUAUGGGAAACAUUGUCGAGCUCUGCGCGGCGAAGCUGUAUCCAGAUCCCAAGAUAUACCUAGGCUUCACUAUGUGCCUCACGAGGGACUACGACGAAAUACCCCAGCGCAGUUUGAUAGAGGAUUGCGCGCUGGAGCACGGCAUGGACUUUGCAAAGCUCAACGAGUGCGCUGCGAGAGAUGAUGGUGGUUUUGGUAUGGGGAUGUUGAGGGAAAGCGUUAGGAGGAGCAAAGAUGCUGGCGUAACAAAGUCCUGCACGGUGCGAUUAAACAACGAGAUAUACUGCGUGCGCGAUGGAGGUGAGUGGAAGGACUGCCCGAACGGAGCCGGGGUCAACGAUCUUGUCAUUGCGAUUGAGAAGCUCUACCACCAGUCUUCUUAA